ACGACCAGAAUUGGAAGGCGAUCCCUUCCAACACCACUUGUAGGGUUUCUGCUACCGCUCCAUCCGCCAUUCUUUGCUUCGAAUCCUCCCCUCGCAACUUCGCCAAGCGCGGGAGCUUUCGACAGAAUCAAUCAAUCUGCGAUUCUCAGCUACAAGACAAGAGAAUGGAAGAGUUAGCAUUGAGUGAUCCUGUUGCGGAGGCUGCUGGAGAAGCCAAUUGGCUGCCGAAAAUAGAUAUGGAAUUCAAGACGGAUGAGGACGCAUAUCAAUUUUACAACAAUUACGCUAAGAUAUCAGGAUUCAGCGUUCGGAAAGCUUGGAUUAAUCGCCGUGCUUCAGGAGUUGUUAUAUCGAGGACGUACGUCUGCUACAAAGAAGGUUUUCAAGGGAACAAGAGAGAUGACAGCGACGUGAAGAAACCCAGGCAAAAUGAGCGAACUGGUUGCCUUGCUCAUUUGACUAUCAAACUUACUGAUAGAGGGAGCUACAGGAUUAGUGAGUUCCACCCAAUGCACAAUCAUGAGCUUGUAGCACCUACUAUAUCUCACACGUUAAAGUCCCACAGAGCUCCAAAAAAGUCACGUUCUGCAGUUACCGGAGUGAUGGCAUCGCAGAAGGCGAAGAUCGAAUAUUUGGUCAGGCAAGCUGGAGGAUACAAAAAAGUCACAUUUUUCUCCAUCGAAGAUGCUGCUAACAAGAGUUGGGCACCAAAAGUCGACAUGGAGUUUGAGAAUGAUGAGAAGGCUUAUCAAUUCUAUAAUGACUAUGCCAAAAGAAUUGGAUUUGAUGUAAGAAAGGCUUGGAUUAACCGUAAAUCUUCAGGUGUGAUCAUAUCCAGGACAUAUGUUUGCUAUAAACAAGGAUUUCAUGGGAACAAGAAGAAUGGGAAUCAGGUGCAACAACAUCGCAUGCGAUCUAGCGAGAGAACAGGUUGUCAUGCUCGUAUGACCAUCAAACUUGCUAAGAAUGGUCGAUAUCGGGUGAGUGAAUUUCACCCAUACCACAACCAUGAGUUGGUAAAUGCACGAACAGCUCACACUUUAAAAUCACACAGAACUGUUAAUAGGGUUCAGUGUACUGAAGCAGCAGAGGACUCCAAAAUGGAACCAAAAGUUAAAGAUGAGUGCUUGAAUCAACUAAUUGUCAGUGAACAGAGCAAUCUUCCUUCUUCCCUCUGUCGGAAUUACUUACAUGCUAAGCGUAAGGUUGUUCCAAAGGUAGGAGAUGUAGGAGCCAUGUUGCAGUACAUGCAACAAAGACAAGUUGAUGAUCCAGCAUUUUAUUAUUCCAUACAGCUUGAUAAAGAAGAUCAGCUAACAUGUUUUUUCUGGAGGGAUGGGAGAUCUGCUGUUGAUUAUCAAUACUUUGGUGAUGUAGUCUGUUUUGAUACAUCAUAUAAGAUAGAUAAUUACGGGAGACCCAUGUCAAUAUUCUAUGGUGUGAAUCAUCAUAAGCAACUUGUUGUUUUUGGUGCAGCAUUGGUUUAUGAUGAUACUGAAGAAUCUUUCAAAUGGUUGUUUGAGAAUUUCAAGAGUGCUAUGAAUGAAAUGGUUCCAAGUGUAGUCCUGACAGAUCAAGAUGUGGCAAUUACUAAAGCUCUUGAUCUAGUUUGGCCUGGUACACAACACCUAACAUGUGUAUGGCACGUGUACCAAAAUGCAACAAAAUACCUGGCUCAGGUUUUUCAAGGUUCGAGGACAUUUGCAUCUGAUUUUCGCAAAUGUCUCUAUGAUUGUGAGGAUGCUCAAGAGUUUGUCUCAGAAUGGAUAAAGAUGCUGGAAAAGUAUGAGCUCAAAGAUAAUGUAUGGCUGAAGAAAUUAUUUGAUGAUAGGGACAAUUGGUCAGUGGCAUGUCGACGAGAUAUGUUCUGUGCAGACAUGAGUAGCACUCAAUGUGUGGAAAGCUUGAAUGCCAUGCUAAAGGAACACCUGAGACUAGAAAAUGAUCUCACACAAUUCCUUGAACAAUAUGAAAGAAUGUUAUAUGAGCGAAGAUAUGCAGAAUUAACAGCUGACUAUCAUGCUAUUGAGAGUAACUCGAUAGUAGCUUCUUCAAGAAUGUUGAGACAAGCUGCAAAUAUAUAUACACCAGCAGUCUUUGACAUGUUUCAAAAGGAGUUUGAGUUGUCUUUUGAUUGCAUGGUAUAUAAUUCUGGUAUGGUAGAGACAACCUAUGAAUACAAGGUUACAUCAGAGGGAAGCCUGAAGGUUCAUUUGGUAAGAUUUAACCCUCUUGAUAGCACACUGUCAUGCAGUUGUAAAAAAUUUGAGUUUGUGGGCAUCCAAUGUCGUCAUGUGAUGAAAGCACUUGAUGUUACAAAUAUCAAAGAGCUUCCACCAAAAUAUUUCUUAAAGAGGUGGAGGAAAGAUGCCAAAGUUGUCUCCUUGAGAGACUUGCGUGGGCUUGCCACUUAUAAUGAACUUAAGUCAGCCAAAGUCAAACGCUUCAGAUCCCUGUGUCAUAUUUUUGGUGUAGUUGCAACAAAGGCUUCUGAGACCAUCGAGGGAUACAGAUUUAUUGAAAACCAAUCAGAUCAGUUGUUGGCCAAUGUGUAUGCAAUUUUACAAACAAGACCAGAAGAACCACAAUUUGGUGAAAUAUAAUUGUUUUUGCUCAUGCACAAUUUGAGCUUCAUGUUUGAAAUUCUUAACUCGGUAGAUAUAUUUACUUCAACUAACGCAGAUAUCUUCAGAGUUGGCCAGGUAUUUAUUUUUUCCAGAAGCUUUUUCUAAAUCAUUUAUAUUGAGGUAACCUGUGAGUAUGCUUGCUAACAGUCCUUGGGACACUUCUCCCUUACCAUGGAGGGGUGUGCACCCUAGCAGGAUAGUAUAAUGAGGGUUUGAUCCCCAUUUAUGGCUUCAAUGUAUGAAUUUUAGUGUUGUAAUCUUAGUUAUAUGUCACCUUUUUGUACUUCUCAUGGAUAUAACAAUUUUACUUGUGUCUUUAAACUACCAUUUGAAUAUUCACGAGACUCUAUUUCUAA